CAGCGCCCUCACAGGUAGACACACAAAGCUGAGCCCAUUUUCUGAAAAGCUGUUGAUAAACAGCUGUGUCAUUUUUUUUUCAACCUCUGUGCUGCUGUUAAUUCUUCUAUUAUCAGGCUGGAAAUGUGUUUUCUCUCUUGAUCAUGAGGGGAUCAGGUGUCAGGGACAAACUUUAGAAUUUCUCCUGUUAAUAUGGUCGGCUGUUUCUCUCAUGUGAGAAAUGUCAGCUGCUCCUCAUGGACUUGGACACAAAAUGUAGCAACGAUACCUCAGUCCCCGAGUGCUAUGAGGAGUCAUCAGGUCCACUUGCUGUGAUAAUCAUCCCUUCUCUCUUAGCCUUCAGCUCUGUUUUAGUGGUGGCUCUGAUCUUCUACAGUCUCCACAAGAACAAACAAAGGGGACAGAGCCCCUCCUGUCAUUUUACAAAUGGCCAGCAGAGUGUAACCCUGACCGCAGCCUCUGUAAGCACUCCAAAGGUCCAGCAGGCUUUGUAUCCCUGGGAAAUUCCUCAGGAGUGUGUUCUUGAGGGACUAGAGUUUUGGCAGACAGGUCGCUAUGGCCCCAUUUGUAAAGGUCUGCUGAAGAAGAAAGACGGUCCCUCCUCUGCUGUGGUGGUGAAGUGCCUUCGAGAUGGCCCCAACCAGCCUGAAGCGAAGGAGUUUGUGGAGUGGCUCCUGUUCCAUGCCACAGUGUGUAAACACCAGAAUGUGGUGCAGAUGUUGUACUGUCAGACCAAGCAUCUGCCCAUGUAUCUGGUCUUAGAUGCCUACAGCCCAGGGAACCUCCUCCACUUCCUCUGGACACUCAGAAAUAAGAAUUCAGACUCUGACGCAGAUCCAUUGCAGAAUUUCUCUGAGAAGUCAGUGUUUCUGAUGGCAAAGCAGGUUGCAGCUGGCCUGGAUUACCUGAUGUCAGAACACAGGCUGGUGCAUGGGGAUGUUGCUGCCAGGAACAUCUUAAUUGGCCCAGGCCUCUCGGCUCGGGUGUCUGGACUGGGUGUAGCAUUUGGAGGACGCAGGAUGGAUUCAGCAUUUAGGCAGAGGGCAACAGAGGUGCCUCUCAAAUGGCAGGCUCCAGAGAGGAUUAUGAUGCAGCUCAUUAUUGACAGGAGUGACGUGUGGUCAUUUGGAAUCUUACUCUAUGAGCUGGUUACCUUAGGCUCUCCUCCAUACCCUGAGUUAGAGCCUCUGUCAGUCCUUCCAAAGCUACAAGGGUCUUAUCGAAUGAAGAGACCAGGGAAUUGUGGAGGACCUUUGUAUGAUCUGAUGAAGUACUGUUGGAUGUGGAGUUUCAAAGACCGACCGACCUUCUCAGCCAUCAUCAAGCUGUUGGACUCCUCACUGCACCUAGCAGCUCUUAAACCUCUUCAUGUUCCUGAGGUCAUAGACAUAUUUGAGUAUAACAGAAAAGCAGGGCUGCUCUCCUAAACUCAUGUACUAUCAAAUAUGACAACAACCGAUAAAAGGAACUUAAACAUAUAAAGUCUGAUUAUCUCUCAGGCUGCAAAGUAGCAUCCUCUGAGUACUGUUGAAUGUCUUCUAUUAAAGUUGUACAUUGGUAACAAAUAACCGCCAAAUGCUGAUAAAGUAACAACACUGAAACACUGAAA